CCCAGGGGGGGAGGGGGGAGGUCCGUAGGGGUGUUCACUUGUCUUUGUGUGGGAGGGUGGGAAGAGUAGCAGUGAAAGGAAAAUACGCAGAGAGACAGACCUAGAUUAGGAGGAGAUCGAUCACCAUUGGUGUCCCACCAUCGCCCCAGCGAAGAACGUGUGUGCCUGCUCGCCUUCGUGUUUCUGUGUGUGUGUGUGUGUGUGUGAGAGAGAGAGAGAGAGAGAGAGAGAGAGAGAGAGAGAGAGAGAGAGAGAGAACCAAUUGUGACAGCGAAGGACGCGUGUGCUCACUCGCACUCUUGCAUUUGUGUGUGUGUGUGUGUGUGUGUGUGUGUGUGUGUGAGAGAGAGAGAGAGAGAGAGAGAGAGAGAGAGAGAGAUGGAGGGGGGAUGGAGACGGGGAUGGAGAGGGGGAAAAGAUGCUGGAUGCACAGGAGGAACGGUCGGGAAAAUGGAAUCAGGAAGGAGAUUGCCGUGUGGCCGGCCGUUAAACAUUUUUGCGGACAGUGCUGACGAUCUCCUUGGAGAGGGCUUGAAGGGGGUGUCCACCUCUCUCUCCCUCCUCUCUCUCGUUAGCCCCUACGCAGCUGCUGGCGCAACGGAGCAAUGCAACCAUUAUCGGGAAUGCCGAGAGGACGCUAACGGCAACGGCCGUCCUUUUUCUUGGGGGGGAGGAGAGUGUCAGGACGCAAGGGGGGAGCAAUGGCAGCGCCGCCGCGGCCGCGGCGGCGGCGGCGGCGGGGGCGGCAUCGGAAGAGAGGGGGGGGGGGGGGGGGGGGACGGGAGGGCGCCGCCCUUCGCCUCCUCUUCGCUGGCAGCCUUCAGUCCGCAGCAACAGCAGGACGCCGCGCAAAGGCGGCGCAGACUCGCGGCCGCCGCUGCCUUGUCCUCCAUUGGGACGACGGGUAUCUCCGCCGCCGUCGAUUUGUCCUUGCAUCACUGUUUCUCGCGCCACGUCGGCAGCAGCAGCAGCAGCGGUCGCGAUCCCGUCGGGCGUAGCAGUAGCAGCAGCAGCCGUAGCUUCUUGAGCGGCGAGUGCUGGCGCAGCGCCUUGGGCGGCCUGCGCGGUUCCUUGCGCGAUCUUCUAUCGAACGCCGCCGGCGGCAGCGGCGGCUUCUUGGGACGAUUACCCCAUCAUCUGCUGCUGCUGACGUCGUCAGGGGCGGGAUCCCGACCGACGGUGGCGUCGCGAUUCGCAUCGAUCUCGGCGUCGCUAGCGGCCGCCGUCGGGGGAGCAACAAAGGGAGCGCGGGCCGGGAGCGAAGCAGGGGCACCGGGAGGAGCAGGCGGCGGCGGCGGCGGAGGAGGAGGAGCAAAUGCGAGACAACUACGCGAUACCGCUGGAGGCGGAGAUGAAGGAGGAGGGGGAGGAGGAGGAGGAGGAUCAAGCGCCGCCGCCGGUGGGCGGCACUUGUUCGACGUUGCCAUGACACUGGAUCAGGUGUGCAAGAGACUUGAGGGCGUUCCUGUCUACACCGUCACCAAUGCGUCUAACGAGUUUGUACUCAUCUCCGGUAGCGACGAGAACAGCAGCAAAUCGCUAGGGUUGUUCUGCUUCAGCCAGGAUGACGCUGAAGCUCUGCUUGCGCAGGUUAAGGACCGCGAGCCUGGUCUUGGGAAGGGGGCGCGAGUAGUCGCCGUGUCUUUGGAUAAGGUGUAUCAAUUGAGUGCGGAAGGGAUUGCGUUCAGGUUUUUGCCAGAAGCGAUGCAAGUGAUGAACGCGCUGGAGCUGAAGGCCAAGGCCGGGGACUCCAGCAAAGACUUCGACGGGGUCCCGGUCUUCCAAUCGGACAACCUCAUCGUGCGGAGCAGUAGCAAACGAUACUGCCCGCUCUUUUUGUGCAAGGAGGAUCUGGACAACGCGCUGCGCAAAGCAUUGAAGGCGCAGCAGCAGAUCAAUCCGAUGAUGAAGAAUGUGACCACGGAGGUGCAGGUAGGGAGCUUGGAGGAUGUUCUUAGGAGAAUGGAGGAUAAGGACGAAGGGUCGGGAUGGGGAGACAUCAUCCUGAUCCCGCCAGGCGUUGACGUCUCGACUUAUCUAAGCCGAACCAUAGCCGCGAAAGAAGGCCAAGUACCGACCACAGGGUCGGGAUCUGCACCGGGAAACAGAGCCACGAUUGUAGCGUAGAGAGAUAGAGAGGUAGAGAUAGGUAGAGAUAGAUAGAUAGAUAGAGAGAGAGAGAGAGAGAGAGAGAGAGAGAGAGAGAGAGAGAGAGAGAGAGAGAGAGAGAGAGAGAGCAGGGAGCAGGGAGGGAGCCUGGAGCAUGUUCUUAGGUGAAUGGAGGAUCGGGAUGGGGAGUGUCAUCCGGAUCCCGCCAGGGGUUGACGUCUCGACUUAACUAAGCCGAACCAUAGC